GCUGUUAUGGUUCAUUUUAUGGAUUUUCGAAAUGUAUUCGAGUGUAAAAUGUGAUGACCAUUAUUAUAAACUAUAUCAAACUAAUUCACCUAGCAAAAGUAGUUUGAAUGAAACUUUCUUCUCGUCACUGGAGAGUUACCAGGUAGACGCUCAACCAGUGUCUGAACUGCAAUACCCGUGGAUCGCGAGGGUGAUCCACUCUCGGAGUGAGCUCAAGCCGCACAUGUGCACGGCUGUCUGCGUCGAAGAGAGGAUAUUUAUUACCGCCGCUAGAUGCAUUUAUAGUUUAAAAGUGAACCACACAACCCUAGUAUAUCAGCAGCAACGACUGCCAGCCCUGACAUUCGUGAUACCGUCGGAGGCAAGCAAACAAGCAUUCGACGAUAUCGGAUUCGUCGUUGUUGAAGGAGAUUUUAGAGGGCCAUGGAAGUUCAUAAAGCUUUUCGACGGUGUGAACCGAACGGAUGACAAUUUCGAAUGGUUCGAAAAUCUGGAUUUAUCUGGAUUGGACUAUAAAGUUAUUGGAUAUGCAACACAAAAGGGCAUUCACCGAAUAAAAGCGGCCGAUAGGAAAUAUGACUUGACCGAGUUAAAAAUAACAAUAGACCUAAAAAUAUGCACAACAAUCUUAACUUACUACAAUCGCGUAAAAGGGUUUCAUGUACCGUGCUAUCACUCCUGCACCCUUCAGCAGUUCAAGCAAAAAGAUAAACAGUGUAAGAAAUACCACGGCGUUGAGGGCGGAGCAGUUUUGGAUACAAGAACAAACAAAUUGUUCGGUAUAGCAACUUGGGGUCCUUACUUCUAUAAAUAUGAGUUACCUGUGGGCUUCUCUGUGCCCAAUUCAGAUAGUUUUUUCAAAGAUUACACCUGUGCCAGGCUUAUAAGAAAUGAUAACAGUGUACUGACAAUGUCUGGCUAUUAUCAGAGUAUUUGUGGCGAUGUUUAA